AGAUACCUUGGGUGCAAUCCCGUGAUAGCAGUGUUGAGACAUGGAACGGUGUAGCUCUACAGUGGCAAAACCACAACCCUAACCGACCUCCAUUCUUAAGUCCUCCUCCUCCCCUCUCCCUUCCCCGGCCAUCCAUUCGCGGUCACAUGAUCGCGGCCAUGUCGGACUCCAACCUGUGCCACGUGUGCCGUGGCGCCGGCGGAGGCUCGUGCCUCCACUGCGCCCUCCCAGGCCAGUUCAACGCGCCCAUGCGCGAGUUCCAUUUCUUCGGGCACCAGGACUCCGUCGCCUGGAUGUUUAACGAUGGCAAGGAGAAUGAUCCGCCGCUGGAGGAACCCCCAGCCACGGCCGCCAGCGGAUUCCGGUGCCUAGAUGGCUUGGGGGGAGGAGGCGGCAACUCUAGACUCGGCCUGACGUUGGAUGUUUGCCUGAGUAGUUCCGCUAGGCCGCUGGAGACGAUACCUGCUGUAUCGAUGGCGACGGCGUCUAGCGCCACCUUCAUGUCGUUCUUCGAAUCUUUAAACGAUAGAGAGAAAGCGGUCGGAGACGAGGGCGGGAUGAUGGUCGGCCAAGGUGAUGAACUGACGGUGGAGAGGGAAGCCAAGAUCAUGAGGUACAAAGAGAAGAGGGAGAAGAGGAGGUACGAGAAGCAGAUACGAUAUGCCUCGAGGAAGGCCUAUGCUGAGAAGAGGCCUAGGGUGAAAGGGCGUUUCGCGAAGACGAUGGAGGAGCCUACAGGGAGCCAGCCACUCGAACAUCAAACUCAUGAGACUCCUGAUAGAAAUGAUUUCAGAUGGUUCCACUAAGACGUAGAAGGUGAUCUGCUAAUAUAAUGUAUAUCGUUACUUAAUUAAUUAUAGUGAGUCCUAGCUAGCUAGGUUUCAUAUAUAUAUAUAUAUAUGAGUAAUUAAUUAUAUACACAGUCUGAAAGUAUUUGAUGUUGACUUAGCUUUAAUAUGCAUCUUGUUAAGCAUAAUAUAUGGGUUGGAAAGAGUAUAUAUAUAUGAAUUAUUCAAAGAAAGAGUUUAGGUUCUGAAAAAAUGUGC